AUGACCUCUGUACAAGACUCCCUCAUCUUCGGCAACAUCCUCUCCACCCGGGAAUCCGCCGCGAUCUGGUCCGACAAGACCCGCACACAGUGUUAUCUCGCGUUCGAGGGCGCGCUGGCCAAGGCGCAGGCCCGACUCGGCAUCAUCCCCCAGAGGGCCGCCGACGAGAUCAUCAAGUUCUGCCUGGACAUCCGGAACGUCGACUUCCACGACCUCCGCCAGCAGACUGAGCUGAUUGGGUACCCGGUGCUGGGCCUGGUCAGGCAAUUGGUCAGCCACAUCAAUGCGAUCGAGCCGGGGCUCGGGGAGUGGGCGCACUGGGGCGCGACGACGCAGGACGUGACCGACACGGCGACGGUGAUCCAGCUGUGGGAUACGAUGAGCCUCUUCGAGAAGACACUCGAGGAUAUCAUCGCCUCACUCCGGUAUCUGGCGGACAAGUAUAAAUCCACCCCAAUGGCCGCCCGGUCGAAUCUUCAGCAGGCAGUCCCCAUGUCCUUUGGGUUCAAGCUUGCCAGGCUCCUCGCCACAUUUCUCCGACAUCGCGAGCGACUAAAGGACGUCGAGGCGAGGCUGACGGUGUUGGAGUUUUCCGGCGCGGCGGGAACCUUGGCGACGCUCCCGCCCACGCAGGACCUCCCCUUGCUCGGUCUCGAAUGUCAGCGCGAACUGGCCAAAGACCUGAACCUCAAAGUGCCCGAGAUCGCGUGGCACACGGAACGCGACCGCAUCGCCGACUUUGGCUCCCUGUGCGCCAUGCUGACCAGCACGUGCGCCAAGUUCGCGCUGGACGUCAAACUCAUGAUGCAGACCGAAGUGGGCGAGGUGUCGGAGCCGUAUGCUCCUCACAGGGGGUCGAGCAGCACGAUGCCGCAGAAGAGGAACCCCAUCUCGUGCGCGUACAUCACGGCCAUGUCGUCGACGGUGCGGCAGCUGAGCGCCAGCCUGUUCGAGGCCAUGGUGGAGGACCACGAGCGCAGCACGGGGCCCUGGGAGAUUGAGUGGAUCGUGCUGCCGCAGCUGUCGACCCUGACGCACGCGACGCUCCGGCACACGGCGGAGCUGGUGGCCGGGCUCGAGGUGCACGAGGACGCCAUGAAGAAGAACCUCGACCUCUCCAAGGGCGGCAUCGUCAGCGAGGCGGUCAUGAUGGGCCUGGGCAAGACCCUCGGCCGCCAGUACGCCCACGACGUCGUCUACGACCUGUGCCGCAGGUCGCAGCUCGAGGACAGGCCGCUGCUCGACCUCCUGUGCGAGCACGACGAGAUCAGCAAGAAGAUGACGCGCCAGGAGUUGGCCAGCUUGUGUGACCCGGCCAACUACCUCGGGUACAGCGAGGCCAUGGUCGAGAAGGUCCUCAAGCUGGCCGAUGAGCCUCCUCAGCUGAGGAAACCGAGUUUGGUCUAA